GCUGGGACACCUCAAGAUGAUAAAUGUUUUAAAAGUAUUCAUUAACAAUCCGAUGAUGCAUUGCUUAACGACUGCGGUGGGGAAACAGACUGAGGCUCUACAGCAUGUGCUCACCCAGACUUGUUUUAGCACCUCCCUUUGGUGCCUCUCCUACCUCCCUUUCUCACAUGGCCGACUCUCCUCUCCUACCAGAUUCCUCCUUCUUCAGCCCUUUGCCUUUCCUCUCAAUCACCUCCCAGUUUCUCACUUCAUCGCCCUCCACUCCCCGUCAGCUUGCACUCCUUCCCCUCCCCCCACCUUUUCAUUCUGGCUGCAUCCCAUCCCCUUUCUUUCCAGUCCCAGUGAAGGGUCUUGGCCCACAACAUCGAAUGUUUAUUCCUCUCCAUAGAUGUCUUAACAGAGCCUGGCCUCCAGUCGAUUUCGACAUUGUCAUUGAACACUUUGCUGGCAUUGAAUGGCUACCAAAGGAAUGCACAUUUACCAAGAUACGGUCUGACAGUGCUCUGAGAGUACUGUUCAUUGGUUCCCUGCGCCUGAAAUGCAAAACUCCGUGCUGUCAGCGCUGGUACUUUACUUUCAAUGGAGCAGAGUGCAGUGGUCCUUUGCCAGUUGAAGCCAUCAUUUAUCUUGACCAAGGAAGUCCCGAAUUCAACUCCACCAUCAAUAUACAUCGGACAUCUACAGUGGAAGGCCUAUGUGAAGGAAUCAAUGCUGGACUUGUGGAUGUUUCGCUCUGGAUUGGGUUGUGUUCAGAUGGGUACCCACAAGGCGAUGCUUCAACUGGCUGGAACUCAGUUUCACGCCUAAUCAUUGAAGAAUUGCCAAAAUAGUUUUCAUUCUGCAUAAGCAAAGCUAUCAGAACCAGCUUGCUCUUGUAGAAACCAUAUUAUGAAAAAUUGUCAACUUUAAGUUGUCCAAUAAAAGUAUCAAAAUUAAUGCCAUUACACUCAUGUAUCUGAAUUUCCAAGGAAUUUAGAUAGUUAUAUUUUGAUUGUAUAGCUCUAUUUCUUGUCUUGGCAUGUUAGAAAUAUGGAACCAGUUAUCCAUUACAUCACUCUCCUGAUUCUUAUGCAAAUAUAUGAAGGGCUGUAUUGUAUUGUCCAAUUGAAAAUGAUCAUCUAUGUACUUUACUAUUUGGAGCAACUUGAACAAAUUUAUACUAUUGGUUUUUUUUAAAGUAUUGUGCUGCUUUGUGUUAGAAAAUUGCAAAACUGACAUGAUUUCCAUAUAUUGCAUUUGUAAACAAUUAUGAAGAAAUAAGACUUCAAUAUCUCUAAAUAAAAAAGCAACCUGGAAGAUUUGACAAACAGUUUUCUGUGAGACUGGCCCUUGUUAAAACCAAGUUGUUGUAACUAAUCUCAGUUAUCCAAGAUAUUAUUACACUUCUUGCAUUGUCAUUAAUAAGUGCAGAAGACACAGGUGCAGAAUUAGGCAGAUUAUGCUCUCAACCCCAUUCUUCUGCUUUUUCCCUGUAACCUUUACCACCAAUACUAAUCAAGAACCUAUCACCGUCUGCUUUAAAUAUACCUAAUGACUUGGCUUCCACAGUUGUUUGUGACAAUAGUUCUGCAGACUCACCACCCUCUGGCUAAAGCAAUUCCUCCUCACCUGUUCUGAGUGGACACCCUUUUAUUCUAAUGUUCAAUGCUCUGGUCCUAGAUUCUUCAUGGCCAGAAACAUCCUGCCCAUGCCCACUCUAUCUAGGCUUUCAAUAUUCAGUAGGUUCCAAUGAGAUUCCCAUUCAUCUUUCUUAACUCUAGCGAGUACAGGCCCAGUGCCAUCUACAGCUCCACAUAUAAUUAACCCUUUCAUCACCAGGAUCUUUAUUGUGAAUCUACUUUGGACCCUCUCCAAUGCCAGUUCAUCCUUCCUCAAAAUGGAGCCCAAAACUGCUCACAACAAUUACAGAUGUGGUCUGACCAACACCUUAUAAAGCCUCAGCAAUAUACUCUUGCUUUUAUAUCCCAGCGAAAUAACAGUUCAGAUUUAUUCCAACUGAAUCUCUCCCCCAGAUCUCAAAAUGUUAUGAUUUAAAAAAGGUAAUGUUAUUGAAGAAAAUCUAUCUCCAGAAAUGAUAUUUAACUCACUUGAUGACAAUCAACUGAGACUAACAA